GGCCGUUUGCCACUACUACCCACGCCAAGAAGCUGCUCGAGCAGAUAGCAGUCGCCGUCAAACACCGCGAGCCACUGCUGCUGGUCGGCGAGACAGGCAUUGGCAAGACGACGGUGAUCCAGCAGCUGGCCGAGUCGCUUGGCCACCAGCUCAUUGCCGUUAACCUGUCGCAGCAAAGCGAGGCAGGCGAUCUUUUAGGCGGGUUCAAGCCCGUCAGCUCGCAAAGUCUCGCCAUACCCCUGAAGGAAGAGUUUGAGGACCUGUUGGAGAAGACGGGCGUCUCUGCGGAAAAGAACAAGGAGUACCUGGACCGCAUUACCAAAAAGUUCGCAAAGGGGAGGUGGAAGGAGGUGUCCAAGGAGUGGCGAAAGGCCCCCAAGAUGUUUGAAGCCAUCCUCGCAACGCUCGAGAGUAGCCAAGCCCGCAACCAAGAUGCUCAAGGGUCGGACGUCCAGCGCGCCAAACGCCGCAAAACAGGGUCGACCAAGCUGCUUCGUCUGCAGGAACUGAGGCAGCGCUGGGGCACCUUCUCGGAAAGCCUCGACCAGUUUGAUAGGCAAAUCUCGGGCGGUCCGGGAGGCUUUGCGUUUGCCUUUGUCGAAGGCAAGCUCGUCAAGGCCGUGAGGAAUGGAGACUGGGUUCUCCUAGACGAAAUCAACCUUGCCAACCCCGACACGCUGGAGAGCAUCGCCGGUCUCUUCCACCCCUCUCCCUCUCUUCUCCUCUCGGAGACGGGAGAGAUUGAGAGCAUUCAGGCCCACCCUAAUUUCCGCGUCAUCGGUGCCAUGAACCCGGCUACCGACGUUGGCAAACGGGACCUGCCGCUCGGCCUGAGAUCUAGAUUUACCGAAAUUUAUGUCGGAAGCCCAGACCGGGACAAGAAAGACCUCCUCACCAUUAUCAAGACAUAUCUUAAAGGCAAUAACAGCGGGAUUGACCGGCUGUCAGACGACAUUGCCGACCUGUAUCUCGAGAUCAAGGGACGGGCCGAGCUGAAGACUCUGGUGGACCAGGCGAACGAGGUUCCGCACUUUAGCCUCCGUACGCUUACUCGCGUCUUGACAUAUGCCAACGACGUCUCUCCUUUCUAUGGCCUCGAGCGGGCUAUAUACGAAGGCUUCUGCAUGGGGUUUACGACGCUGCUCAGCGAGGAGUCGGAGCGGACUGUGAUUCCCCUGAUACAACAACACCUGCUAAAGAGGCCCAACAUCCUGUCUGUGCCGCCCAAAAAACCUAUCGACGGGAGGCACUACGUCUCCUUUAAGAACACAGCCAAGGACCACCAGUACUGGCUCUUGCAAGGUAACGAAAUGCCCAUGGAGCGAGGCGACUACAUUAUUACGCCCUACGUCGAGAGGAAUCUCCUGAACUUGGUCAGGGCCACGUCGACGCGCAGAUACCCAAUUUUAAUACAGGGGCCGACGUCGUCUGGAAAGACGAGCAUGAUCGAAUAUCUGGCAAAUUUCACCGGGAACAAGUUUGUGCGAAUCAACAACCACGAGCACACGGACCUCCAGGAGUAUCUGGGCACCUAUGUGUCCGAUUCGGAGGGGAAGCUCAGAUUCCAGGAGGGCCUGCUGGUCCAAGCCAUGAGAGAAGGAUCGUGGAUCGUGCUAGACGAGCUCAACCUGGCGCCCACCGACGUCUUGGAAGCCCUCAACCGCCUGCUAGACGACAAUCGAGAGCUUCUGAUCCCCGAGACGCAGGAGAUUGUGCGGCCUGCCGAGAACUUUUGCCUUUUUGCUACCCAGAAUCCCCCGGGCCUCUACGGAGGCAGAAAGGUGCUGUCUCGAGCCUUCCGUAACAGAUUCCUGGAGCUGCACUUUGACGACAUUCCCGAGAACGAAUUGGAGACAAUUCUACAGAAGAGAAGCCGCAACACGGCGCCGUCGGACUGCCGCCGCAUUGUGGCCGUCUACAAGCAGCUUACCCGCCUCCGACAGGAGAGCCGCGUCUUUGAGCAAAAGAACAGCUUUGCCACCCUGAGAGAUCUCUUUCGCUGGACUCUGCGAGAGGCGGAUACCCGGCAAGACAUUGCAGAGAAUGGCUUCAUGCUGCUCGCCGAGCGCGUGCGCAAGCAAGAAGAGCGCGCAGAGGUGAAACACGUAAUCGAGGAAGUCUUCAAGGUCACCAUCAACCCCGACCGCCUGUACGACCGGGACCUGGCCCCAGAGUUUCGCAACAUGCAUGGAGACACAAACAGCCAAGGCGUCAUCUGGACAAAGGCGAUGCGGCGUCUCUACGUCCUCGUCAAGCGGGCUAUUCAGAACAACGAGCCCGUGCUGCUUGUCGGCGAGACGGGCUGCGGUAAAACGACGGUUUGCCAGCUGCUCUCCGAGUUUGACAAGAAACUGCUGCACAUCGUCAAUGCUCACCAGAACACGGAAACUGGAGACCUCAUAGGCUCUCAGAGACCGGUGAGAAACCGUGGUGCCAUCGUCGAGUCGCUUCUACGAGACCUGCAGGAGGCUGCCGGCCUUGUAGGAAAGGAUGCCGGCUCGUCUCUCGACGACCUGCAGGCUUGGUAUCGCUCACUUUCCCGCGAUGAUCUUUCCAAGCUACCAGAGCCGUUAAAGGCGAGAAUUCAGUCUAGAAGCUCUAAGAGCAAGGCGUUGUUUGAGUGGAGCGAUGGCAGUCUCGUCCAUGCCAUGAAGGAAGGGAACUACUUCUUGCUAGACGAGAUCUCCCUGGCCGAAGACUCGGUGCUGGAGAGGCUGAACUCGGUCCUCGAGCCACACCGUAGUCUCCUACUUGCCGAAAAGGGAGUGGACGAUUCCUUCAUCGAGGCCGUCGAGGGCUUCCAGUUCUUCGCUACCAUGAACCCGGGUGGCGACUUUGGCAAGAAGGAGCUCUCGCCCGCACUGCGCAAUCGGUUCACCGAGGUCUGGGUCCCGCCCCUCUCGGAGGAGGAGGACGUCCACGACAUUGUCAUCUCCAAGCUGGAUGGCCGGUUCAAGGCCAAUGGCAAAAAGGGAGCAAAGUCUGUGUCCAAGAUCAUUGUCGAGUUCUCAUCGUGGUUUGGCAAGACAUUCAGGCCGUCGUCCACCACGGCCUUUUCCGUCCGAGACAUCCUCGCCUGGGUCCAGUUUAUGAACGCGUGUCACUUCCCGGCAGAGGUCGCUCUCCUCCACGGCGCUGCCAUGGUGUUCAUCGACACCAUUGGCGCGAACCCGUCGGCGCUGGUCGCCGUCGACCCCAGAGCCAUGGAAUCGCAGAAGCUGACCUGUCUCGAGAAGCUCAGCGCCCUGAGCAGCUACGAUCUGCUGCCACUGUACUUGCAGGAACCGCAGGUGACCAUGGAAGAAAAGCUCCUCUUGAUCGGCAACUUCAGCAUCGACAGGUCCCUGACUCGGAACAUAGACGCCGGAGACGAGUUUGGCGUGCCGACCACCAAGAUGAAUGCCAUGCGGGUCGUCAGGGCCCUCCAGGGCACAAAGCCGAUUCUUCUCGAGGGAAAUCCAGGAGUCGGCAAGACAACGCUCAUUACAGCCCUGGCACGGGCCUGCGGGAGGCCACUGACUAGAAUCAACCUCUCGGACCAGACGGACUUGAUGGAUCUAUUCGGCACAGACGUCCCGGUUGAGGGCGCCGAGGCAGGCAAUUUCGUGUGGCAGAAUGCUCCUUUUCUGGAAGCCAUGCAAAACGGAUCCUGGGUGUUGCUUGAUGAGAUGAAUCUGGCGUCUCAGACGGUGCUCGAAGGCCUGAACGCAUGCCUCGACCACCGUGGAGAGGUCUACAUUGCAGAACUCGACCAGGUGUUCAAGCGGCAUCCCGACUUCAGGCUGUUCGCCGCCCAAAACCCGCACCACCAGGGCGGCGGCCGCAAGGGCCUUCCCAGCUCCUUUGUGAACCGCUUCAUCGUCGUCUACUCGGACGUGUUUACUAAGCAAGAUCUGCUUCACAUCACGGCUAAGAAGUUCCACAACCUCGGCGAGCAGACUCGGCACCAACUGAUUGAGUUUAUCUCGAAGCUGGACGAUGCCGUCGUCACGGACAGGGCAUUUGGCUCGCAGGGGUCGCCGUGGGAGUUCAACCUGCGAGACAUUCUCCGGUGGGGGGGUUUGUUGACGUCGCAACAUGCCCUCCUGGGAGGCAGAAAGCCAGACGACUACCUGGACGUCAUCAUCCGCCAGCGCUUCAGGUCGGAUCGCGACAGGCUCGAGGUCGACAGGCUCUUUUCCAGCGUCUUCCAACGGACCCCCGAAAGCCACAGCCUCUACCACGACAUCAACCCCCACUUUGCUCAGGUCGGGCUCGCCACGCUGCAACGGAACCCGCUGUCUCAGCUGACACCCUUUCCCUGCAUCGACCCGGUGCCCAAACUGAAGGAGAUCGAGUCUAUCUUGAUCGCCAUCGAGCAGGACCUGCCGUGCAUCCUUGUUGGUCCGUCGGGAAGCGGUAAGUCGGCCCUCCUGGCCCACGUCGCUGCCCUGGCUGGAAAGGCCCUGGUCAUCUUCCCUCUCAAUUCCGACGUCGACACGAUGGAUCUCAUCGGAGGCUUCGAGCAGGCAGACCCCCACAGGGAGCUUCGGACGUGUCUAGCCAAGCUGGGCCGCGCCCUUCAAGACCAUAUUCUACGCGUCGUCCCGAGCCCCGUGUCUGGCUCGUUGGUUGACCUGCUGAGUCUGCUAAACUCUGCCACGGAAGAUGAGCAACGAUUUGAUAGCAUCCUGUCCAUGGUUGAGGAUCUGGAGAACGACACGUCCCUGGCCGACGAGCUCGCCGCUCUGCUCGCCGAGGCAUCUCAACUGCUACGCAGCGACUUGACCAUGGAGAAGCCGCGUUUCGAGUGGCUUGACGGUGUCAUUGUCCGGGCCGUCGAGACGGGCGCCUGGCUGGUUCUCGAUAACGCCAAUCUCUGCAGCGCCUCGGUGCUUGACAGGCUCAACUCCCUCCUCGAACGUCCAAACGGCACUCUGAGCAUCAACGAGCACAGCAGCCCGGGCGGCGAGCCGAGAGUGGUCACGCUGCACCCUGACUUCAGAAUCUUCCUUACCGUCGAUCCGCGCUAUGGCGAGCUCUCCCGGGCCAUGCGGAAUCGUUCGAUCGAGAUCUACCUCGACGGGACGCCCCCGACCACGGCCAGCGCUGACCACAUUGCCACUGUCGGUGGCAGCUUGCAAAGGUUCCACAGAGCAACCAAGUUGCUGGACAAUUCACCACACGAGGAGCUGCUUGCCCCCCUGGCCUUUGACCUUGUCUCUCUUGGGGAUACAAAGGUGCUGGAUUCGUUUGCGUCUUCGUCCUUGGUACAGUCGUCGGCUGCCAGCCAGAAACUGGGCCAAAACAAGUCGUACGUGGACUCGGACGACGCGGCUCCUCUGAGGAAAGCCGUCUCGGAUCUCUAUGGCUUGUCCCCAGACAGGAUGCUGAUGCCGCUGCAUCCCCUUCUCAACGCCCCCAUUGUCCCGCUCCUGGAAGCAGAUCGCGAAGGGCUUGCAUACUGGGUAGCCACUUGCUACGAACUUUACCUCGACAUGCAGACGCUGCAGAGCACCAUGGAAGCCCAGCUCAGCAAGGUCAACCUCAGCAAGCCGUCUCUGAUGAACCGCCUGCAGAGGUCCUGGGUUGCGGACAAGGUCGCCUCGCUCUCCAAGGACUCGACCGUCAACGCGGUGCGCUUUCUGUCCUCGUUUAUGCAGGCAAUCAAGGCCUUUCUGUUCGAGCACCUAGACGACCCCGGCGCCUGGAAGGAGCGCCGCUUAGCACUGAGGCGGUUGAUGGUCUUCUGGAGACGCACACUCGAGUCUCUGACCGCAGCCUCGUUUGAGGAGGCGCGGUUCCAGGCUCACCUCACCCAGGGGUCCGACUUCCUGCAGCGCACCAUGUUGGCUUCGCCGGAGCAGCGGGAUCAAAAGAUGCUCUCGACGCUCGCUGGGUUCCUCGAGCGCGAUUUUGUGCUCGGCUUCAAGCUACUCACGGGCCUCAGCAUGGAGAUCCUCUGGAACCGGCUGCGUCCUGACCCCAUCCCGGAUUUGCAGACCCUGGGGCAGGUCAUGCAGAUGGAGCGCCUGGCCGACCGCUUUGACUCGCUGCGCUGGAGAGUGGAUGCCACCAUCUCGACGCUGCGGAACGUGCAAGAGUCCAUGGCACGAGCGUACUCGUUCGUCAGGACAGGCAAGGGAGAUGGCGCUUCCCUGGUCAAAGAUUUGGAGGCUGAAAUAUCUGUUCUCGAGGCCGGAAUCGGGCAGCAUUCGGGAGAGCACCAGCCUUUCUUCGCGUCCAGCUUUGAGGGCCUCAGGCAGGCCCUUGUCCUCCAUCAAAUCUCACAGGACAUCGGGGUGCUGCCGGGCUCGUCGGACAUCGACGUGCUCUCGAGCAUGCCGACUGUCGGCCUGAUGCGCCUUCAAAGCACGGGACGGACCGCUCUAGAGUCAGUCGACUGCAUCUUAGCCCAAGACACCGACGUCCGGCCCUGGGGCGGCGCACUGUCCAAGUCGCUGCUGCUUAGAUACGACGCGGCAGCAUCGGCCAGUCUGCGUGAGCUCCGCUCUCUCGAAGUCGAGAUACCCAUCAUGGGCAAGGCUCUCGCCGGAGCAUCCGAGGCGCUGGCGGCAGACCCUCUCAAGAAAGCAGAGCACCUGCUGCUGAAGCUCAUGGGCGAGGUCAUCUACGCCCACGACGACUCAUGCAGCGGCGAGGUCGCAUCGCUCUACCAGGACCUCUUGGACAGGGGCGACUUUUCCACCUUCUAUAUCGCGGGACCUGAGCUGUGGCUCGAACACGCGGAUCUCCUCCAGGGUCUAGGAGAUGGCUGGCCCCAACAUCUCGUCGAGAUCUUCAAGGGACAUUUCUUCAGGGCCCUGAUGGCGCUGGCCGGCGCAGCCAAGGGCCUGCAGCCGAGAGCGGCAUACACGUCAGUUGCGUGGGUUCAGUUCUCCCUGGCCUGUGUCAAGCUCUUCGUGCCCGACAAGGUCUUCGAUCCCCACAACCGGGCCCAGGUCGAGGCAGACGAACACAGCGAGAUGCACCAGCACCUGCAGCAGCAGCUAGCAGCCCUCGAGGCGUUCCAGCUAGCUUUUACGGGACAGCAGACCAGUAUCCGGACCACGCUCCUCACUGAGGAAGCGCUAGCGCUGGGCGAGCCGCCACAUGUGCAGUCUAUCUACCGACCCGGCGGCGCCGAGCUCCGCAGCCUACAGGGCGAGUUCAACAAUGUGCUCAACAUGCUGCUCCGGAACGACGUGUCGGCGUUGCACUUGCGGUCCAUGUCGGCAUCGUCGGAAGAAGCCGCCCAGGAGCUAGCUCUCAUCGAGCAGAACGUAGUUCUCCUGAUUAGCCGCUUAGUGUGCCGCUACGAUGCCUACCGAGACCUGACGAUGCCCUUGGUUAGCUUCCUUCGCUGCCUCCAGAUGGGCUUGUCGCUGGGCCGCGCAGCCAUGCCGGCCGCUGCACCCGCGUCACCCGAAGAGGGCAACUCCCAGGCCCUGCUCACCAUCACCCCCUUCCUCAGCGGCACCGUGUGGAACGCCAAGGCCAGCAGCCUGCCGCUUCGCUCGUUCGAGUUUCUCGCCUUUGUGCAGGUCGUCACGGCGGUGGAGGGGCUCGACAACCUCCCCGCCUUCCUCCGGCAGUCGCUCCACGAGUCGCUGGCCUCGUACCACGAGGAGUGGAGCAAGAAGCUCGAGGCCGACCGCAAGAUCGAGGAGGCCCGGAGGAGCCUGUUCAAGUUCAAGGGCAGCCUGGAGGACGAAGAGGAGUUUGACCAGGAGGAGUUCAACCAGCUGUUCCCCAACUACGCCACCGAGGACAGCACGCCCAAGCAGAGACGGCAGCAGCGCGGGGGCCGCGACCUGGCCAUCAUGCUAGCCGAGGCCCACGAGAAGAUCUUCCUGCCGUCCCGAGACGCCCAGCAGAGCAUCCAGGCCCUCUGCGCGCAGGUGGCCCGCAAGGUGGCCCACGAGAAGCGCCACGAGGUGGUGGGCGAGCCCGAGCUCGACAGGCUGCUGCUGCCGGCCGCCAUCAUGACGUUUGACGAGCAGUCGCGGGCCUUUGAAGCCAACGUCGGGUCGGACAACUACAACUUCUACACCGAUGCCAACCUCGUCGAGGUUCGCAAGAUACUAACCCUUGCGAGCGCCAUCAAGAAGCGCUUCCAAGAGCUACAGGCCGUCGACGAGAUCGGCCACCAUCAGACGCUGGCCGACAUCACCACGGCCUGCGACCACGUGCUAGACAUGGCCAUUGACGAUCCGCUGGCCAUGGUCAUGGUUAGCGUCGAGCGCCUGCACUCGUUCGUCUACGAGUGGCACGAGGGCGGCUGGGCCACCCGCGCGAACAAGGCAACCGUGCUGUACGAGAGGCUCCGCGACACCAUCUGCGACUGGCGCCGCCUCGAACUGUCGAGCUGGUCGUGCCUCUUCGACAUGGAGGCCCGCAAGAACCACGACGAGGCCAAGUCGUGGUGGUUCAUUGCCUACGGCGCCGUCAUCCUCGAGCCGUUCGCCAGGCUGCAGGCGGGCGAAGACCUCAACGACCACGCCGUCAAGCUCCUGGCCAUCCUCGAGUCGUACUUUACGGGCGCCAAUGUCGGCCAGUUUUCCUCGCGCCUCGGUCUGCUGAGGCAGCUCAAGAGCCAGCUCGAGCUGCUUGUGCUAGACGAGCACGCCCUGGCCACGGUCCGCGACGCCGUGCAGAACUUUAUUGUCUUCUACAGCCGUUUCGAGGCCAAGGUGGCCAACACGAUCCGCGCCGGCAGAGCGCCGCUCGACAGGAAAAUGAAGGACGUGCUACUCCUCUCCAAGUGGCGCGACAAGAACAUCGAGUCACUCCGCGACAGCGCCAAAAGAUCCCACCAGAAGCUCUUCAGGCUCGUCCGCAAGUUCCGCCUCGUGCUCCAGCAGCCUGUCAAGACCCUGACCGACCAGGGCCUCCCCGACGAGGACCACCCCAGAGUCGGCGAGUCGCUGGCCGUGCCCGUGGUUUCUACCUCGCCGGCCGACAGCAACGCCGUCCUUGUCUGCCAUCAACUGGUCCCCGCCAUACAGGAACACGCUCAGUGGGCGAGGAUGACCAACCUCGGCGCCGUUCUCAAAGCCAUGUCCAAGCACGGCUCGUUGCCUGCCUCGGUCAUUGACGCGUCCGACACCCUGGACGAGUACAUCACGGAGCUGGUCUCGAACAUGGCAGCUCUCAGGAAGGAAACGCCCGGCCUGCUGACGGGCGAGAACAAGGGCUUGGUCCAGCAUCUCAAGACACGCAAGACGACGCUGUACAGCGAUACCCUCAAGACGCUCCGCGCCAUGGGCUUCAGCCGAAACCUCGGCACCACCCUCCUUGCGCGCCAGAGCUCGACCCAGCUGGUCCUCGUCGGCUCGGGGCUCGUCCCUUAUCUGAGCGGCUCCGCGCUGGACGCCCUCGAGUACUUUUACCACAAGACGCUAGACCUAGCCCCGCGAGUCCGGCACGCGACUCUGGACCACUCCGACGACCUCAAUCGCGAGCUCAUGAGCCGCAGCAUCGGCUUCUUAGAAGGCAUCCUGCACGUCAUGUUCCGCCAGCGCAAGUACCUCUCGCGCGCCGCCACGGCCGAGCGAGCUCUCGACCGAGCCAUCGCCGCCGUCGCCGAGCUCUCCAAGAGCGACGGCCGAGUCAUUGGCCCGCAGAAGCGUCUGACAAACCACCCCCAGCUUCUGCGCUGGCUGGUCCAGGUCCUCAAGUUUGGCGCACACCUGGUCGAACUCCAUGCUAAGCUCGGAGGCGGCAACAAUCAACAUGUGCUUGGGUUGUUCCAGGGCUGGGUCCAGACAUUCACGGCACUCGAUGCUGCUCAGGACAAUCUUCCCCGUCUCCCGGUGGGCUUCAGCUCGACGGCCCAUGAUCAGCUCCAGGCCGACGUGGAGAGAGAGCUGGAGGCCUUCCGCCUGGGCUUGGAACAAGUCCUGCGAGAGAGACCCGACCUGGCCUUUGUCAUGAGCCAAGUCCAGCUGUGGACUGGCUCGCAGACCUCGGAUGUUGCGAUCGAGCUCGAGGGAGACGGCAUCGACAACUUUGCGGCGUCGGCCCUGACGCUGUCGAGCAAGAUCCUGGUGGCGGUGCAGAACUUCCAGAGGGCCUCCCAGGCCAUGCCCCAGGCGCCAGACGACGCUUCGUGGUUCGUCAAGUACAGCGAAGGGCUGGAAAGAUCCAUCGACGCCUUCCAGAUGGUCAAGAUCGCGGCCGAGGUCGACGCGCUCGUCGCGCUGCUCGGAGCCAUGGACAGUGGCCACGCGGCAGUCGGACAGGCGGCAACGGCACUGCUACGACUCAUGCUCCCGGUUUUCGAGCAGUAUGCCGCGGCGUGCCGGCAAAACCUCGCCCGCUACGGUGACCUGCACCGCACAACCUCUAGGCUAGGCUAUACUCUCAGCAGCUCGUUUGUACAGAUCGCGGCGCAGGGGUUCUGCACGCCGCAAGAGAAGAGCGACGACAAGACCAAGGAGUCGGGCGACGUCGAGAACGGCACCGGCCUCGGAGACGGCGAGGGCGCCGAGGACAUCAGCAAGGACAUCAAGCCUGACGAGGACCUUGAGGACCUGGCACAGGACCCCAACAACAAGACGCAGGGCGACAUCGAGGACAACGAGGACGCCGUCGACAUGGGCGAGGGCGAGCUCGAGGGCGACCUUGGCAGUGUUGCUGGGGAGGACGAGGACAAGGAGAAGGAAGACGGAGAUGACUCGGGUGAUGAGAAUGGAGACGACGAGAACGAGGAGGCGGGCGACGUCGACGACCUAGAUCCCACGGCUAUCGACGAGAAGAUGUGGGAUGGCAGCGACGAGGACGACACCGAGAAGGACCAGCAAGGCGACAAGUCUGCCGGCAAGGAAGAAGACGACAAGACGGCUGCUGGCGCCGACGACCAAAAGGAUAAGAAGGGCGAGGAGGAGAAGAUGGACAGGGAAGACAACGCCGAGCAGCAGCAGGGCGACGACGACGAAGACGCCGACGGAGACCCCGGCCAAGAGCAGGAGCAGGAGGCCCUCGCCCAAGAAGAGCUCAACCGCCAGGACCAGAACGUGCAGGAGAACGACACGUUAGCUCUGCCUGACGACAUGAAUAUCGAUCUUGAGGAUGAGUCGGCCAGCGGAGAUGACGACAAUCUCGAUGAUCUGCCUGAGAUUGAUGGCGCCGAAGAUGAGCCCGAGGUGGAGGACGAUGGCUCUGGGAAGGGAGACGAGGAUGAGCGGCCUGGAGAGGAGCAGCAGGAUCAGUGCGGCUCGGAGGAUGAGAUUGAUGAUGCGGAGGAGGAGGACGUUAACGCCGUUGGUGGUAAUGAGGAGGUGGAUGAUGUGGAGAUGCAGGACGAGGAGGCAGGCGAGCAGGAGGACGAGGACAAGGACGCGGACAAGAGCAAGCAGCAAAUGGCCGAUGACGGAAACGCAGCCCCUACCGACGUGCAGACGGGCGGCGGCCAGACCGAAGAGGACGCCGACAACCUGCAAGAAGAGCAACCGGACAACAAGGCGGCCCAGAGAGACCAGGGCGCGCUCGGCAAGCAGCCGUCAGACCAAAAGACGGCCGCCGGAGAACAGGGCGCCCUCUCGAGGUCUGACCAGGAACAGAGGCCCUCGGACCAGGCAGAGGAGCCGCAGGACUCGAAGGACUCGCAACCGUUCAAAAAGCUCGGGGACGCGCUGGAGCGGUGGUAUAACAAGCAGCAAGACAUUCGCAGCGCCCAGGACGACCAGGAGGACUCGGGCAAGCCCGACACGGACAUGGCCCGCGCCGAGUUCCAGCACCUACACGACGAGAACGCCGAGGCUGACGCCCAGGCGCUCGGCACCGCCACGGACGAGGAGUUGCGUCCGAUGGACAACGCCAUGGCCAUCGACACGGAGAUGGACGAGGGCCGCAACCAGAUUCUGCCGGACGAGGAAGACAAGGCAGACAAGGCAGACGAAGCCCCGCAAGACGUCGAGAUGGGCGACGCCGACGAAGCGCCUGAGGCGCCUAAGACGGACUGCGAGGACGGCCGCUCAGGCGUGUCUACGCGCAAGGGCGCGUUUGACGCGGACGACAAGCUGCCCCGCACCAACGCGCCGUCAGGCAAGCUCGACGACGAGAAGGUGCAGGAGACGUCAACGCAGCUGUCAGCGACGCACAUCAGCGACGAGGCGGGGCUGCGCGGCUUCUCCGAGGCCAUGGACAUGUGGACGGCCUUCCAGACCAAGACGCAGGGGCUCUCGCAGUCGCUGUCGUCGCAGCUGCGGCUGAUCCUGACGCCGACACAGUCGACCAGGCUGUCGGGGUCGUUCCGGACGGGCAAGCGGCUCAACAUCAAGAAGAUCAUCCCCUACAUCGCAUCGAGCUACAAGCGCGACAAGAUCUGGAUGCGCCGCAGCAUCCCCAGCAAGCGCGCCUACCAGAUCCUGCUGUGCGUCGACGACAGCAGCAGCAUGGGCGACAACAGCUCGGGCCGCCUAGCCCUCGAGUCGCUCGUCAUGGUCACGCGCGCCCUGACCACGCUCGAGGUCGGCCAGGUCGGCGUGCUCGGGUUCGGGACUGACGUCUUCGUGGCCCACGAGCUGACGGAGCCGCUGGCCUCGCACGACGCCGGCGCCCGCAUCCUGCAGCGCUUCACUUUCGAUCAGCAGGGCACCGACAUGUGCCGCCUGCUACGCACCACCAUCGACCACUUCGCCGCCGCCCGCCUAACGCAGGCCGGCGCCGCCACCGGCGCCGAGGACCUCUGGCAGCUCGCCCUGAUCCUAUCCGAUGGGCUCGUCCAAUCCAAGGACCACGCCCGUCUGCGCCCCCUCCUGCGCGACGCCAUGGAGCAGCGCGUCAUGGUCGUGUUUAUCGUCAUGGACGACGCCGCUUCGUCUUCUUCUGCGGGUGUUGGUGUCCGUGGCACGAGCGUCCUCGAGCUCAAGGAGGCCCGCUUCGGCCCAGACGGCAUCCCCGUCAUCCACAGAUACCUCGACUCGUUCCCCUUCCCGUAUUACCUCAUUGUUCACCACCUCGACGACCUACCCAGCGCCCUCGCUGCGCUGCUGCGCACGUGGUUUGCCGAGGUCAAUUCGUAGGCUUUGUAGUCUGUGUGUGUUAGGGGG